GCUGCUGUUCGAGAGCAUGGACUUUGACCAUAGCGGGACCAUCACGCUCGACGAGCUGCAGUACGCGCUCAAGCAGCAGGGGUCGUGGCUGGUCGAGUCGGAAGUGCAAGCGCUAUUGGAUGCGGCGGACAUUGAUCACGACGGGACGAUCGACUACGACGAGUUCAUCGCUGCUACGAUGCACUUUUGUCAACUAGAGAAAGAGGAGCAUUUGCUCAAGGCGUUCCACAGCUUCGACCACGACAACAACGGGUACAUCACCAAGGAAGAACUAGAGAAGGCGAUCCAAGUGAUUGGUCUGGAUACGACGGAAGACGGGUCGGCGGAGGACAUUAUAAAAGUGGCGGAUGAAGAUAACGACGGAGUGAUCGACUACAAAGAGUUCCAAACGAUGAUGCGACGAACGUCGAGUCAAGCGAGCAGGGCCAGCAAGAGCGAGGGCGUUCCGUCGCCCCUGCCGUCGCCAAGCAGAACGGAGCAGAACGGAACGGGUUUCGGGAAGCGUUGACGGAAACGGGGGGUUCUGCAGUGUUUGUCUGUAGGUUUGAACCCCACCUAGAGUUGAGGAUCCUUCAUGUGAGCGCACCUGGGGAAAGCUUGGAACCUUGUAAAUGUUUGUGGGCGCAUUUGGGUCGUGUGUGGGGAUAGGGCAGGUUUCGGUGCGCCCGGUUAGCCUGAUAACCUGAGCUUCUUAGCUACUGAUAUCGUCAAAAGGAGUUGUUCAAAGGCGUGAUUGUAUUGUUGGAGCGUCUUAGGUGAAAGUCAGAGCGUUCGUUGUGUAGUUCAAUUGGAUAUACGAAGUGCGGAACGGACGCUAACCCGACGAGCGCCACGGUCAGGGUGCUCGAGAUCGCUUAGAACAUGGCCUUGACCUGACUUCGAACCAGAUGGUCUAUAUAAAACCGAACCAAAAGGUAUGCUCGACGGAUCUGCUCGGUGGCCGGGAACUUCGCCAGGUCAACGACGCCAACUUAGGCACUGAAGCACGGACUGAGCGAUCCGAGCCUGGAACUGCAGCAUAAGAGUUGAUUGGCA